CACUAUUCAAAUCACAAUCACAAUGUCCAAAACAAAAACCCUAACCCCCAAAACUAGUCGCAGCGACAUCUUCAUGAGCAUCAAGCCCGAGCACAUGUACAAUAUCUCCACGCGCGCAAAGAACCACGAGUACCGGCGGUAUCUCCUUCCAGCCAGCGUGCGACGGAUCUGGUUCUACACGACCGCGCCGCACUCGCGACUUGAAUACGUUGCGCGCGUUUCUCCCGGCAAGACUCCCGGCGAAGUGCCCGAGGAUGGGGGGAUAGGAAAUGAAGACUUUAAUUCCGGGAGGAAGGUGUCGAAAUAUGCAUAUGAGAUUCUGGAUUUGUGGAGGUUGAGAGAGCCGAUUAGUUUGAAGGGGGCUAUUUCGGAAGGGUGGUUGAAGGGCGCGCCGCAGAAGUAUUGUUGGGUUCCGGUUGCGCUGCUGGAGAGGGUACCGAUGGAUAAACAGGAUCAUGUUUUCUCCAGGCCAGAGGAAGAGAAGCCGGAGAGGAGGAAGGUAGAUGAUCGAGAAGAGGCUAAGAAAGCGCCUACAUCAAGUCCGGCUGGACGGAAAAAGAUAUCAGAUUUCUUUACACAGUCUGAUCCAAAGGAUUAAGAGGUUGGAUUAUGGGCCAUCAAGCCAUUCUCUAUAAGCUUCAUCCCCCGAGAUAUCAGUUGCGUGUCAAGAUACUCCACGGAGUAGUUCCUGAACAG